AUGCCAAGAAAAUCACAAUUUACAAUAAAUGAGUCGCCCUGCAUGUUGCAUUUAUAUCUAUUACUAUUCUGUACAGUGGGAGCAACUUCUCAUCCUGCAUACCUCGAUGCAUCUCGACACACCAUCAGAAAUAUGGUACCUGUCAUCCAGCACCGAUAUCACUACCCCCCUUCCCACCAAAAAUACGUCACACACCGUAAUUUGCGCGAACAAAACCACAAGUUAGGAGAGUGGUCGGUUGGUGAGGAGUCAUUGUGCAAACUGGACGAUUCAAAACGUGCUCGAAGUGCGUUGAUGACGGAAGUGAGUGCUAAAUGGCGUAUUGGGUAA